UGUGCAAAAUUUAAAAAAAAUAAAAUAAAAUAAAAUUUUUAAAAUAAUAAAUUUAACUAAAUAACUUAAAAGUACAAAUAAAUUACAAGCAUCAAAAAAAAUGAAUAGUGAAAAAAGUGGUAGUGGUGCUUUUGAUAAUCCUGCCUUUAUGUCCUCUAAAGUGGAUUUGAUUACAAUAAAUUCAGCGGAAAGUAAUGAAAAUAUACAAAAAUCCUGUGAUACUGCCUCCGACAAUGAAUCUCAAACCACCUCGGGUCGUGAUCAAUGGGGAAAUGGUUUGCAAUUUCUAAUGUCUUGUAUAGCGCUGUCGGUGGGCCUGGGUAAUGUGUGGCGUUUUCCCUUUAUAGCUUUACAAAAUGGCGGUGGUGCAUUCCUCAUACCCUACAUAAUUGUAUUGUUCUUUGUGGGUAAACCCAUUUACUAUAUAGAAAUGAUAUUGGGGCAAUUUUCUAGUCGUGGCUGUGUUAAGGUAUUUGAUUAUGUGCCCAUUAUGAGAGGUAUUGGUUAUGGUCAAGCAUUGUCAACGUUUUUAACCUCUUCCUAUUAUGCAUCUCUAAUGGCACUGACGCUACGUUAUUUAAUUUUAUCAUUUUACCCCGUAUUACCCUGGAGCUAUUGUCGCGAUGAAUGGGGUGAUCAGUGUAUUGAUUCUAAAAUAAAUGCAGGAGAUACAACGGAAAGUCACAUGUUGACAGAGGCAUUUAAUGGUUCAGUUAAGAAAUCAUCAGCUGAACAUUAUUUUGUCAAAGUUAUUUUACAUGAAACUCCUAACAUAGAUGAUGGUAUUGGUACACCAGAUUUGUAUUUGGCUCUGACAUUAGCCUUCUCCUGGAUUGUGAUAGUUUCGAUUGUUAUAUGUGGUAUAAAGACAUCCGGUAAAGUGGCUUACUUCUUAGCUCUAUUUCCCUAUAUUACUAUGUUGGUACUUUUGGUGCGCUCUCUAACACUACCCGGAGCAUUUGAUGGUGUUUUAUAUUUCUUAAGACCUCAAUGGGAUAAACUGCUAGAUGCUGGGGUUUGGUAUGCUGCCGUUACACAAGUAUUUUUCUCGUUAACAGUCUGUAAUGGUGUUAUAUUGAUGUAUGCCUCUUAUAAUCGUUUCGAUCAUAAUAUUUGUAGAGAUUGCACAAUUGUCACUACUUUAGAUACAUUUACAUCUUUACUUUCGGGUAUUAUUAUUUUUGGCAUAUUGGGUAAUUUGGCUCAUGAAACGGGUACUACAGAUAUUCAGAGUGUGGUGAAAGGAGGCCCCGGUUUGGCUUUCAUUUCCUAUCCAGAUGCUAUAGCGAAAUUUACUAUGGUGCCACAAGUUUUCUCCGCCCUAUUCUUUCUAAUGCUGUUUGUUUUGGGUAUCGGUACCAAUGUGGGCAUUAUCACCAGUGUAAUAACGGUAGCCUGUGAACUUUUCCCUAAUGUAAAAAGAUGGACCAUAGUAAUUGGAAUAGCUGUAAUAAGUUUCUGCUUAGGUUUAAUGUAUAUAACACCAGGAGGACAAUAUAUGUUAAACUAUAUAGAUUUCUAUGGAGUUACAUUUGUCGCCAUAGUCAUGGGUAUAUGCGAGAUAAUAACAGCGGGCUGGAUUUAUGGUGUUAAAAAUAUUUGUCGUGAUAUUAAAUUUAUGUUAAAUAUUAAAACAUCUCUGUAUUUUCGCAUAUGCUGGAGUAUUAUUACACCCGUUUUUAUGAUUGCCAUAUUGAUUUAUACUCUAGUGGAAUACAAGCCCUUGGAAUAUAAUGGGGUUAAAUAUCCGGAAUAUAUUUAUGUAUUAGGUUGGUGUGUUUCAGCCUUUUGUAUAGGUCAACUGUUAAUAUGGGCCUGUAUUACCAUUUACAAGAGACCUGAAUCAAAACUUUGUAAUCGUAUCAAAACAACAUUUAAUCCUUUGUCAUAUUGGGGUCCUUUAGAUCCAUCUACACUUAAAUCGUAUAAACAGUCAAUAGAAUUAGAUGUUGCUAACACUUUGGGAGUGACGAAUAGAGGCUUUUGGUUUAAAAUUUAUGAUAAUAUAUUUAAUUAA